AUGUAUCAUAAGAAUGACGGUGAUGAAAAUAUUGACCUACACCAUAAUAGCUUAUGGAAAUAUGAACUUUUCUACGUAUUACUAAAUCAACAUCGAUGUUGUUGUUGUUGUUGUUGUUGUACAACAAGAGAAAUCUUUUACUUUAAAUGGCUAUUACCCUUAAACUCACCACAAUACAACACAACAACACAUCAUCAUACAUAUCAAAAUACCAUUCCAUCUCAAGUAAAUAAAGUACGUACUAUCGACAAUCAUUACGUUAUUUAUAAUACUACUACUACUACUAUAUUUUAUCGCCGGAUGGAUGUUAUAAAGCUUAGCAAAGAAAAAUAA